UAUUGUCGCUCAUUGUUUUUUAUUGUUUUAUACUCUAAAAUUAACCCCUCAACUUGCUUACACUGGUGUAGGGCAAGUUUUGCGGCCUCUAAUAGAUACACUAGCGAGUUGGGUUGUUUUUUUAAAAACUGGUCAUAAAUGCUACUUUAAAUUUUUUUGUGAGCUUUGACAGGUGUUAGAAAAGCCGAAAGUCGACAUGAAACAUCUGACUAGCCCGGGAUUUGUCAAAUAAGUUGGUGAAAUUAAAGAACAAUUCCUAACAUUAUUGAGACUGGUGCGUGAACAAACUUCUAGUUCUAAUUUUUUGAAAAUUGAAAGGAGUUGAGUGAAAUUGUAAUGAAAAAAAUAUCAUAUUAGUAAGAAGAAAUGUAUUUUCUCCAAUUUUAAAACUUGAACAUAUAGUCUGUCACAUGAAUUUCUGUGGAAAUUUGUUGUAAUACAAUAAAACCCCUUAAAGUUAUUAUGUUAUAUUUGACAACGUUCAUUUCGGUUCUCAUAGUCUCUUAAAAAUGAAGCCAGGUAAAAAUGCAGACAUUACUCAAAAAAAAUUAUAUAUUUUCAAGUCAAAUACCUAUCCGACACGUACAUUCAUUUAGGAUGGCUGACAAGCAACAUUGUAGUCCUGAAUGCUCAUCAGAAACACGAAAUUCUGGUUUUAUAUGUUGUAAAAAUAAACCAAUGAAUAUGUAUUACGUUUGUGUGAAGUGUGUUGGUGUCUUUCAUUAAAGUUGUCACUUUAUGACUGCCUAAGGCAUUUAGGCAGUUAUAAAGUGAUAUGUAGGGAAUGUGAUACAGACCUUGACUCAAGUGAGGUGGAUAAUCUUUGGACGCUAAUCGUGGAUGAAUUGAAAGAGGAGUGUAAUCAAGAAUCUCAUCACACAAAUAAACUGAAGGAAGAACAUGAUAUUUCACUUGAAGAAUCUUUGAAAAUGGAGCGAGAAUUACUAACACAAUAAAUGUAAAAAAUCAGCUUAUCUCAACAUUAAAACAUGAGAUAAAAACUAUAAGUGAUGAAAAACAUGGAUGUGAAGAACCACCAGUUUUUGUUGACACGGAGACCCAAACCCAGGAAACAUGUAAUAAAAGUUCAUUGAUGAAUAACAUGAAUCACAUAUGUACAAAGACAAUCCCAACUUUAUAACGUUGAUAAUCCGUCAGACACAAUUAUAAUCAACAAUAUGAAACAUAACAUCGAAAGGUACAGAAGAAAAAACAUAGCCAUCUCAUUACUUGUUGAUUCAAUGCUCAAAGGCAGUUUUUCGUGAAAAAAGUAUGUAAUAAUAUUCGGGAUCAAAUGAAUCUUCCAUCUAAAAAAAUGAGGAAUAGUAAUUUGAAAAAUAUUUCCCUUGAUAUAUUUCAUCAAAAUGUGCAAUGUAUAGGAAACAAAUGUCUUAGAAUAGAGGAUGUAUUUCCUGAUGUCAAAUGUGACUUUCUUCUGAUAUCUGAACACUGGCAGGAUGAUUUGAAAAUAAAGGGGGUAGUACUUGAGAAUUUUACAUUGGCCAAUGCCUAUUCUAGAUAAACCAUGGGACAUGGCGGAGUGGCAAUAUAUAAAAAUAAUGAAUGUCAACUGUUUCUAUAUAAGUUAGAUCUGAAUGAUAUCUCUGUAGAAGGAUUAUUUGAGUGUUGUGCAGUAGCACAUGAAAAAUAUAUUGGUGUGUUUGUAGUUUAUAGACUCCUGGUAUUGAUCUCAUACUUUUUUUAGAAUGUUUUGCAAAUAUGUUGGAAAAAGUUGCUUCUCAUUAUAAAACUAUUGUUAUUGGAGAUGAUUUCAAUAUUAAUUUCUUGGAAUAUAGUAAUGGCAGGGAACUCUUUGAGGAUUUGCUGGGAUGUUAUGAUAUAUCAGUAACAAUAAGGUCUCCAACUAGAGUGACUGCAAUUUCUAGUACUUGUGUAGACAAUAUUUUCAUAAGCUCCAAUAUAAAUGACUGGCGAUCAGAAGUAAAAAAUCUUAAUCUGUCAGACCAUUUCUAUCAGCACUUGGCUUUCAAUAUUGAAUAUAACCUCAAGUCUGCUUUUUAUAUAUGGGAUGGAUAUAAUUUUAUCAUCAAAUAAAGUCUUACUGACGUUUUUAAAUUCUAUUUAUUUGACAACUGUUAUCAAAAUCUUCUUUUUACUAACACAUUUGAUUCAACUAGAAAUAUCAGACAUCACAUAAAAUAAAUAAAAAAUCUAUAUACAGAGGGAACGAUAAAAACAUACAUUUUUCAUUAGUGGUUUGAUAGAUUCCUGUUUUCCUAUUAAAAAAAUACCCAUUAAUAAAAGAGCUGAAAAGCGAAUUUGAUUUAACGAGGAACUUCUGCAUUUGAAGCAACAAUUAACUCUUAUAUCGGAUUUAGCAACUUCUUACCCAAUAUAUCAUCAACCAAGAGCAGAGCUACAGAAACGCUACUGCAAUGCAUUGUCAGAGGCUAAGAAAAGAUAUAAUGAUGAUUUGAUAAUGAAAGCAAAUAAUAAAUCAAAAACUGAAUGGAAAAUUAUUAAUAAUUUGAAAGGACGUUGUAAAAACAACAUUCACGAUGAUAAUGGUAAACAGAUGACUGCCCCGGAAGCGUAUUUACAUUCUAUACCAUUAUACAGAUGAGGGCUCCUGUAUAACGUAGUAUAAUAUGUACAUUUAAAACGCGCGUAUGGUUUCUCCAAAUCAUACCGCGAUACAGAUAAGCGUCAAUCUAUAACAUAGUAGGAUUUGAACCGACAAUACACUCCUAUUUCUACUCCAAAUUAUACCGCGGUUCAGGAUUUUCACUAUAGUAGUCAAUAGAAUUACGCACGUGACACCAAUGCAUUUUACAACGCAUUUAUUAAGAUCCAUUUGUCUCUCAUCGUGAACAGUAAAUAUCCGAUGGCCGUUAAAUCAACAUGAGCGUGCCGUCAUUCGUUGCUGUACUAAACCCUUUUCUGUUGUGUUAAAAACAUUGUUGAAAUUGUAAUUUGAGAUGGAAGCAAACCUAAAUGUCUUGAAAUAUAUUAUUUAUAGGGAAGAUAUAAUUGAAAGUUAUAAUUACGUUAGUUGUAACGACUACAGUUUUAUUAUAAGAAGCAAAAAUCGCCAUAGCGAUAAUAAAACAAAUGGUGAGUGGUGUGACGACUCGAUCCGCAAUUUUAGUAUUGGCACCACAACAAACUGGAUAGUUAGAUAUACUUACCCAUCACUAAAAACCUUUUAAAAGGUCUUUUUACAAAAUCCUACCUUGGAUCAAAAUAAGGUAAAGUCUUUUACCGUUGAAACUGAAAAACAGUGAACUUAGCUAACUUUAGCAACAUCUAUCUAUUUUGGCUGGAAAAGCUUUUUGAAAGCUUGUGGUAGGAUUUUGUAAAAAAUACAUUUUGGGACACCCUAUAUUAAUUAUUUUUCAAGUUAUUCUUAAAUUUUAGAUCGCUUUUAAGCACAGUCAUAAACUAAAAGUUGCCGAGACGUAUAGUUACUUACUUACGCAUGAGUCAGCAUACUAAAGAAAUAUUUAUUAAAUAUUUUGAUGAAGGAAUGUCUCCUGCCUCAGCAAAAAAUUACAAUGAACUUAUGUUAGAAAAUGAAAUUCAAAUAUUUUUGAAGUAUUAGCAAAUGCGCAGUUGAACCCUACGGAUCGUCAGAUUUAUCAUCUAUACGACUAGUGGAGACGAAUCAACUUUGGGGGAAGAGAUGGACAGAGUAUGUACAAAGUAUUGCAAGAAAAAAUACAAUUUUAUGAAGAGCUAGGAAUGAAGAUCAUUACAAUGGAAAAUACUCUGAUUUUUAUUAUACUAACGCCUAUAAUGCUCAGAACUCAUAAACACCAUAAUUGUCUUCGUUGAUUCUAGUGGGUCAUGUGACCAAACCAGUUCGUGUGUCACAUUUCUGUUCACAGCCUCAAAAAUUGGUGCAUUACCUCCGGCUUGUAUUUUGCAUCCUGAUCAGACUGAAGCAAAUUACACACUGAUUUUCAAUAUGUUAAAGAAUGCUCUUGGACUAUAUGGAUUUGGAGGAUUUGGAUACCCUCUGGUUUUUAUAACCGACGACUCAAAAGCCGAAAGAAAUGCGUUAAAGAUUGUAUUUGCAAAUUCGACUGUUCUGUUAUGUACCUUUCAUUUAUGUCAGGCGUUUUGGCGUUGGCUUUGGGAUAAUACGCAUGGAAUACUAAAAAAAGACAAAUCAUAUAUUAUGAGACAGUUUCAAAAAAUAUUAUAUGCUCAUUCUGAGACAGAAAUCAAUCAAGCUCAUGAAGAAUUCUUUAAGGAUGAAGUAAUUUUAUCUUAUGAUAAGCUUCAAAGUUAUAUGCAGUCUUUAUGGGAUAGACGAGAGGAAUGGGCUGUCUGUUUUAGACACAAAAUUUUAACCAGGGGACAUAACACAAAUAAUUUAGUAGAGGCGUCGAUACAUAUAUUUAAAGACAUAGUUCUCCAAAGAUGCAAAGCAUUUAACACUUGUGCGCUGGUUGAUUUUGUUUGCAAGAUAUUUGAGUCAUACCAUAGACGUCACUUACUAUCAUUUUCAAAUUGUAGAAAAACAAAAAAUAAAAUUAUAUAUAACCAAUUUUGCGUUAAAGCUAAAAAUCUCACUGUCAAGCAGUGUGAUAAUAUCAGCUUUGCUGUCUCUUCUGAUGUGUAUAUUUACACCGUGCAUACAGACACCGCCACUUGCGAUUGUCCCUACGGUCAAGGAGGAAAGUUUUGUAAACAUUUAUGCGCCGUUGAAAAUCAGUUUGACAUUCUUUUAAAAACAGCUCCUCUUUUAUCUUGUGAUGAUAAAAAAGAUUUUGCACGAAUUGCUCUAGGUGAAGAUAUACAAACUACCUUUUUUGAGGAUAUGAUGUCAUUAGAUUUGGUCGAUGAAACAGUUACAAUAGUAAGCGAUAAUAGCAAUAUAGGCAAUGAUAUUACUGCUGCAGAUUUCUCUUCUUCGGCAUUUGUACCAAGCAAAGAAACAUCAUCUGUUAACGAUCUAAGUAGUGUUACUGAUACUCUAUCUACUGAACCGUCUCUCUCAAAAUUUUGCAAAAGUUGUCGAAACUCUAAAGGGAAAUGAUUCCAUAGAAACAGCUAAUGCUAUAAAUAAAGUAAACAUGGCUAUGAAUAAAUUAAAAACAACUGGUGAUGUUUUAAAUUUUUUACAUCAAAUCAAAAAAGUUAAACGCGGCAGAAUUAUAGGUGUACAAUCAACAUCAACUUGUCGCAGAAAACAAAGAACAGGGCUAACUGCAGGUUCAAAAAGAAUUCAGGGUGGUAGGCCAACAAAAUUCGAAGGCAGUAUCGUUAAAAAACGGAAGUGUUUGAGAAAUCUGGAAGUGAAUAUUAGUUUGAAUCAAACUAACCAGAAAUCGCAUUCAUUUUUAUAUUACGUGUAAGUUUUGUUUUCUGAAAUGUGUUUACUUUGUUAGCUUAGAAAUAGGCCAUAAACUUUAAAAAAUAAAUUAUAUUUUUUUUGUACCGCGGUAUAAUUUGGAGUAGAAAUAGGAGUGUAUCGUGGGUUCAAAUCCUACUAUGUUAUAGAUUGACGCUUAUCUGUAUCGCGGUAUGUUUUGGAGAAACCAUACGCGCGUUUAAAGUGUACAUAUUAUACUACGUUAUAGAGUAGCACUCAUCUGUAUAAUGGUAUAGAAUGUAAAUACGCGCCCCGGAAAUGGCUGAGCAGUUUAACAUCCAUUUCACUAGAGAACCAUUUUCGGUAAAUCAGCAUGAUCUGGAUUAUCUAAAGUUGAAUAUGCCAGUGUCAAAAAAAUCGUAUGCAGGCUUAUGUGAACCAUUGGCUUUUCUCAUCAAUCUUUGUUAUUCUGAAGGAAUUUUCCCAGAAUGCUUGAAGUUAGUUGUGGUUCUGCCAUUAUACAAAAAAGGUGAUUUUGAUGACUUUUUCAAUUAUAGAACCAUCAGUUUAUUAUCAAGUCUCUCUAAACUCAUUGAAAUGGACAUCACUAAUCAACUCUCAUCAUUCUUGUGGAGUCAGAGACUGUUAUCCAGAAAUCAACAUGGAUUCUGUAAAAAUAUGAGUACAGAAUCGGCUCUGAGUGAUUUUCAAAAAUGUCUUGUAAGUAGACAAUCUUGAUAAGGGAAAAUAUGCUCUAGGUCUUUUCAUUGACUUUUCAAGAGCUCAGUCAAUCAUAGAUUUUUAUGUAGUCAGUUAGAAUCGUAUGGAGUUAGGGGGAUACCCCUAAAAUUAUUUGAAUUAUAUUCAAAUGGCAGAAGUCAGGUUGUUAGACUGGAUGGAGUUCUGAAUAGUUACCGUGAAAUAAAUCGAGGUGUACCUCAAGGAUCUGUAUUGGGACCUUUAUUGUUCAAUAUAUUUGUAAAUGAUAUAAUCGGUCUGAUGGAAAGAAACCACGAUAUAAAAAUAGUGUGUUAUGCAGACAAUACCAAUUUACAAAUUUCUGAAAAAAACGUAGACGUGCUACUGAGUAAAACUGAGAAGAUUUAUGAAGAUAUCAUUCGUUGGUCUGAAAAGAAUUGUCUGUUACUUCUGUUACUGAAUCAUAACAAUACAGUCACAGUAUUUUUUAGGCGCUCCAAACAAAGAUCACUUGUGUUAUUCAAAAAUACAGAAAAACAAAUAACUUGUAGUGAUGAGGUGAAACUUUUGGGAGUAAUUUUCGAAAAACAUUUGCAAUGGGCAAGUCAUAUAGAACUAUUGUCUGAUAAACUGAGAAGUAGUUGCUACAGCAUAAAGUAUAUGGAAGACCACUGCAGCAAAAAUGUCUUGCUUACGCUGUACUUUGCACAUUUUCACUACCACAUGAAGUAUGGUACACUGAAUUGGGGAAAUAGUGCCGGUAUGAAUCGGAUCUUCAUUCUUCAAAAAUACGCAAUUCGAAUUAUGGAAAGUAUUGAUAUGAG